GGGCUCUGCACCAACGCCAGCGCCGCCGGCCGCCUGCGUGCCUACUUGCUGCCCGCGCCAUCCGCGCCAGGAAACAGCAGUGAGUCGGAGGAGGACCACCACAGUGCCGGGAGUAUGGACAACCAGGCCCUCCCCAGCACACACCGAGUGCCAGACCCCAAAUUCCACACCCUCCACACCAAGAUGGACGUCAUCAAGAAAGGCCAUGCCAAGGACAGCCAGCGCUACAAGGUGGACUACGAGUCCCAGAGCACAGACACCCAGAACUUCUCCUCCGAGUCCAAGCGGGAGACAGAAUAUGGGCCCUGCCGCCGGGAAAUGGAGGACACGCUGAACCACCUCAAGUUCCUGAACAUGCUCAGCCCCAGGGGCGUCCACAUCCCCAACUGCGACAAGAAGGGCUUCUACAAGAAGAAGCAGUGCCGUCCUUCCAAAGGCCGGAAGCGGGGCUUCUGCUGGUGUGUGGACAAGUACGGGCAGCCCCUCCCGGGCUACGACGCCAAGGGCAAAGGCGACGUGCAGUGCUACAGCAUGGAGAGCAAGUAGACCCGCGGCCACUUCAUGUGGAGCUGAAAUACGCCUUAUUUUGCACAAAAGACUGCCAACGACAUGAUCAGCAGCUGGCUACAGCCUCGAUUUAUAUUUCUUUUUGUGGUGAUCUGACUUUUUUUAAAACCAAAGUUUAGAAAGAGAUGUUUGAAAUGCCUAGGGUUCUUCUAAUGGUGAACUUGAGCAUCUUUCUACUUCCCAGUCAUCAGUAAAACGCAGUGUGGUUUUUCUUGUUGCUUCCUAUAAAAAUACUUGUAAACUCAAGCGCAGUGCGGCCGGACCUCACACCGUCUGGGAGCUCCGCCUCUGCUUCGUGCCGCAGCGACUGUGUUGCUUCUGCAGACGAACGCCUCCUCCCCACCCUGUGAAAUGAGCACAGGCUUGUCGGGAACAGGACCCCCUGCCCUCUGGUGUCUGACAUCCCCACGCACCGCCUGCGGCUUACAUCUUUGAAGCAAGGGCCUGGGUCCCUCGACCAAGAAGCUAUUUCCUAUCUUCAAGUGACCUGUGCUGCUUGGGAACUAGUGGAGAGAAUAAGAUAGAGUCUUACUUGUAAAAAAACAUGACCAAGGAUGUUCUAGGGAACUCUGGGAACCUGUGAAGGCAGGUAUUUCUGACCCUUCUUUGUCAGCAGCUCCUUGAAGACACAGCCUUUCCUGGUGGCCCCACAGGGCAGGGGGGCAGUGGGACAGCAAAAGGCAUCACAAAUAAUAGCACGAUCCUUCAAUGACCAUAGAAAAUAGUGUUUUCCUAUUCAACAGUUCAUGACCAAGUUGAUUUUUGAGGAUAAGCUCCUUAAAGCUAAAGGAGGUUUAUUUUCAUCUCUCACCUCUGUCCUCCUUGGCACAGUGUAAACAUAACAAUAAUAAUUUUAUCUAACCAGGAAAGAUGAAUGGCUUGUUGGGGAGCCCAGCGAGGACCCUGGGAGCACACAGAAUGCCCGUGCUGGCUGCACUUGGCAUCAUCCUGCUUUUCUUUCUAACUCACACAUAUACACAGAGAAAACACGUUCUUCAUGACCUGUUAACGUUAUAUACGUCAUCAUCCAGAUAUGCUAGGACCCACACUAGAUAAUGCUAGAUGAGACGUUAGCCAUGCUAGAGAACAUAACUAUGGCCAGGACCGAGGAGAGGAGCCUGUGCAGGGCCGGCUACCCCGGAGGCCAGCCCUUGAGGUUGGCGGGGUUAGCGCCGAGGAGGCCCUGUGCUGCCCGCCCAGCCUCUGGGGUGGACACAUGCUAUGCACAGCCCUCCUUGAGAACACAAAGGGGUCUCGAGACAUUCUGCCUACCUAUUAGCUUUUCUUUAUUUUUUUAAUUAAGUUUUUG